AGUAACAUCCCAGCUCUGCAGACCUACACAGCCAGCACCGGACUGUCCACAAAGCAGAGACCAGCUGGGAUGAUGCCAGGCUGCAGGGGCAUCCUGGUGCUUCUGGCAUGCGCUUUGUCUCAGAUUUGCUCACAGCUUUGCAGACUCCCAUGUUCCUGUCCCUGGAUUUCAGCUCACUGUCCUCCGGGCUCAACCAGAAUUUUAGAUGGAUGUGGGUGCUGCAAUAUCUGUUCUAGGCGCCUUGGGGAACCUUGUGACCAGAUCAACCUGUGUGAUCAGAGGCAGGAGCUGACCUGCGAUUAUUCUACAAGCAUUGAUGGAAGAGGAGGAACCUGUAACUAUAACCAGGGUGACAGCUGCAACAUCAAUGGAAAAGUGUAUGAAGAUGGAGAAACCUUUCAGCCCAGCUGUAAAGUCCAGUGCACAUGUGUGGAUGGUGGUGUCACCUGUAUCCCACUGUGCAGUGAAGAUGUUAGGCUCCCAAGCCCAACAUGCCCCUUUCCUCUAAGAGUUGAAGUCCCAGGGAAGUGCUGUCAUGAAUGGAUAUGUGAUCAACCCCAAGAGUCCAAGCUCCUUACCAGUGUGGAACAAGGCAUGGUGAAGUUUAACUGCCCUGAGUGGAGCACAGAGUGGGGAUCUUGUUCUACUGACUGUGGCAUUGGGAUCUCUUUAAGAGUGACCAACCAGAAUUCAUUCUGCAGACUGGAGAGCCAGAGCCGCCUGUGCAUGGUGAGACCCUGUGGAGACUUCUCAGCUAGCAGAACAGGAGCUCCUUGUGUCCCCGUUGUACAAUCCUCUCAUCCAGUCAGGUUGGAAUUCCCAGGCUGCAUCAGUGUCCACAACUUUUUCCCCAGAUUCUGUGGCUCAUGUGGUUUGAGGAAAUGUGUCCCACAUCAGACGACAACAGAGAUGGUGGAAUUUAAGUGUAAAUCAGGAUUAUUCAGAAAAUUAAUGAUGAUGAUCCUCUCAUGUGUCUGUUACUAGUGAAAUGACCUCUAUGCAAGCAAGUCAUCAAGAACAUACAAUGGAGGCACCAAAUGUACAACUAUGUAAGGAAGUCACAUCCUCACAAUAUGAUCUGCCCAGGCCUUGGAUUUACAGAAGGAGAAUAGAUCCUGUUAUUAGUCAGACGCAUUCCAUGAAGACGCUCCCAGAACAGAACUAUGAUGGACGCAAAGUGACUUUCUCUAUGACAGAUAUAUAAGACAAUGAAGGCUGCAAUAUGAAUUUAACCAUUUCAGACUCCAUUGUUUUAUACAGUGUUGCUUUGUAAUGACUGCACAAUCAGACUAUACAGAAUUACUAAACUUCAGUAAUUGCUAAAUUGCUUAAUUUAUUAGAUGGUCUCUUAAUGUUAGGGCUCAUUCAGACGGCCGUAUGCUGUCCGCAAAAAUACUGAAUGCUAUCCGUUUUUUUGCGGAU